CGUUAUGUUAUUUGUUAGCUUAAACUUACGUAACUGUUAGGUUAGGUUAGGUUAGGUUAGACCUUUCAUGGAAAGAAAAGUUUGUCCCAUUAUAUACAGUACGUCUCUAGAAAAAAAUUGUAAAAAAUAUGUAACUUUUUUGCGGUUCACAGUGGUAUAGCCUCUUAAUUAAUCAAUUUACAGCUUUACUGAAGGUUCAGCCAACUGCGUUAACGGACAUUGUAGUUCUACCAGAUGUUCAGAUACUCUGCACGAGUUCAACAGAACGUGAUCUAAGGUUCUACAACACUAUGGCGAAGAAGUUUGAUUUAAGAGUCAUGAUAUCCAAUUUCGAUGAAGCUAUCACGACCAUGAGCUACUACUUUAAUGUAGAUGCUAAGGAAGACUCAUACCUUAUUCUUGGCGACAUGGCGGGAACGAUUAGAGUAAUGUUCUUCAACCCAACCGAUAAAGGUCCUUUUAAACCCGUCCCCGAAAAGGAGAUGUUGCAUCUUCACUACAAUGCUAUUCUUAGAGGAGAAUUUAAAAGCAUAAAAAUGACAGAAUUCAGAAAUGUUCACUCCACCUGGGUGUCUCAAGUUGGAUACUUCGAAAGCCUUCGAGCUUUCAUAUCGUGUGCAAGAUGUUCAGAAUGUUCAGCUUUAGUCAGUGAUCCAAGUGGUUCAAGGAUAAAAUACAAGUUCAAAGUCCCCCUGGGAAUAACCUGCUUUAGUUUCUGCGAAGAGAAACAAAUGUUGGUAACCGGAGGUCCAGAUUGUACAGUGCGUACAUGGAACCCUUUCGUGCCCAAAAAAGCUAGUAACAUAUUUCGAGGCCAUCAUGCUGGAGUAUGUGCUCUGAUUGUUCAUGAUGCCGGAAGACAAAUCUACUCCCUAGCAAAGGAUAAGUGUAUAAAAGUCUGGGAUGUCUCAACGCAGAUUUGUAUUCAGACGUACAAUGGUCUGCCAAGCGAGCUGGGUGAACAAACAGCAAUGUCCGUAGUUUAUAAUCCCGUGACACACAAGAUGAUAAUUGCCAGUAUGGUCAUUGCAAUUCUCGUUUGCGAGCAAGUGAUUAACCAAGAAAACUCCGAUGGAUUCAGUCACACUAAACCUGUAACCUGUGUCCUGUACAACCAUCUUUUUAAAGAGAUCGUGACAACAGGGGCAGACUCCUGUAUAAUUACCUGGGAUCCUUGGUUAGGACGUCGAUUGUACUUGGUGACAAAUGCACACAAUUACCUCUUCUAUGGUCAGUUUAUCAGUGUUGAGAUAACUGCAGCUUGUUUCGACUCUUCGGAGCAAUUGUUGUUGACUGGUGCCAGAGAUGGAAGUCUGAAGAUAUGGAAUUUCAACACCGGUACUUGCAUUAGAAGUCUGAUCGUCGAAAGUGAUCGGUAGAUCUUUAUAUGACACCAUACAUUAGACAUU